CAGGAUUGCUCUUUUUCUUGGCCUCUUAGUCCUCCUAGACCAGUUUUCUUCAACCUUGGGCCCCCAGACGUCGUCGGACUACAACUCCCAUCAACCCCAGCCAGCUUAGCCAAUGGCCAAAUAAUGGAAGUUGUAGUUGUAGUCCAACAACAACUAGGAUUUUCCGCCAGGCGUUCGGACGAGAAGCUUGCCGACGGAUAACCCCCUCGCGCGCCCGUCGGCGGCUCCGCCCCAUCCGUGUCUCUGCUUCCCUUUUCUUAUCAGCGCCGGGGCAUAAAUCAGCUUACCAUCGCUUCCGCAGGAGACGUGAAAAGCGGUCUCCGUCGGGGUAUAAGGACUAUUCCCACCUGCUCGAUUGCAGCAUUCUGGAACUUUCAAAGACCUUCUCAUAAGUCAACUCUGUUUCAGCAAGAAGUUCAUCAAGUUUCUUCUGGGUAGCAUUUUUCCGUGCUAAGCUUUCACACACACAGUCCAAUUGUUUUAAUCCAAAGAAGUACUGGUGUGUUUUUAUUUUACCCUUCUUCCAAGAAGCUCAGGACAGCAUUAAAGAUUCUCCAUAUGCCCGUUUUUCUUCCUACAACAACUUUGUGAGGUAGAUUAGACUGAGAGACAAUGACUGGCCCAACUGAGCUUUGUGACUGAGUGGGAAUUAAACCCGAGUGUCUCCAGUCCUAGUUCAACAUUCUGGCUACUAUACCACACUGGCUGUGAAGUGAUUUCCUUGAAUCUGUGGAAGCUUUAUUCUUGUUUUUUUUCUCCCUAAACUUUAGCAGGGAUCCAGAGAUUUUUGUCUUGGUAUAGUAGCCAGUCAUCAUUCGUGGCUCUCCUCUCACUUCUCAGCACUGAUAAGGUUUGAAAACAGUUGUGAUGUUGGUAUGAAGCUCAUGUGUUCAAAUAAAAAAGCCAGACACCGGGCUACUGCAAGCCUCUAGUUUGUUAUGUUAAAGUAAUUAGAAAUGGGAAAGUUUAAACAAAGUCUCAAACAGGGACUUUUCCAGACUGGAAGAAUGGGGAUACUUCAUUGUCUUUAGAUCUGGGUGUUUUACCAGAAUGGGAAACGAUAACUCCAAAAGAACAUCUCCUUUUCCUCCAAGGAACAGUGUGAAGGACAACUGUAGAAGUACAGGACAGAAAGGCUUUAAGCAAAAGCUCAAACGGUGUGAAUUGUCACUGAGUGUAGAAACCAGUGGCUAUGUUAAUAGUCAAGAAAUUCACAGCAGCGAUGAGGACGCUGGAGAUACAUUCUACAGGUUUGUGAUUCUUCAUGCUGAGGAUGAUGUAGAGGAAGCUGUUAGAGUCCAAGACUUGCUACAAAAUGAAUUCUGUAUUAAACCAGGAAUAAUCUUUGCAGAAAUGCCUAGUGGUCGACAUCUGCUUGAAAAUUUAAAUGAUGCUAUGAAUGGCUCAGCGUGGACAAUUAUCUUGUUGACUGAGAACUUCUUAAGUGAGCUAUGGUGCGAAUUCCAGUCGUACACCUCUCUGUUCAGUGCACUGACCAUGCCACACAAAGGCAACACCGUCAUCCCAAUGAGGCCACGGAAUAACCCACUCCCAAGGGAUAGGACUCCUUUCAUUCUUCAGUCCAUUAAUGCACUACAGGAAGACAGCCCUGGAUUUGCCCAACAAGUGAAGAAAACAUUUGAGGAGUCUAGAUAUAGGCAGCAGCUAGAAAUAUGGCGGUACGAAAAGAAGAAGCGAGAGGCACAAAAACUACUUAAGUGGUGAAUUAUCCUCACUGAGUGUUAAUGUCCUAAAAGUUGCUAUGUCCCAUCUUGUGAGCCAUGGCAGAAAAAAUUCCUCAGCCUUAAGAAUUGACCUCAUCAAAGCUUUAUGGAGGGGGGAUCAUAGAUCAAGGGAUGCAGAAGGUUCCAGGUCCAGUCCCUGGCAUCUCCAGUUAAAGGAUCUAGAGCAACAGAACUGAAGAACCAUUUUUAGAGAGGGAUUUGAAGAUGGGUUGAAAGAGGGAUUACAAUUAAUUGUGUGUACUCUCGUCUUACUUCCAUCUUUGGCAAACAGGUUGUGCAGGGUUUUGUGUUGUUACAGAAACCUGUUCAACCAGACACAGCAAUUGGACAAAAAGAGGUGUAUGUAUGUGUAUGUGUUUAUACCAGGGAUAGGUAACCUGUGGCCCUCCAGAUGUUCUUGAACUCCCAUCAGCCCUAGGCAGCAUGGCCAAUUGUCAGGGAUGAUAGGGAGUUGUAGUCCAAUAGCAUUUGGAGGGCCACAGGGUUCCCAACUUGGGUGCAUACCACUGGAGAAGAUCAUACUCUUAGUUUUCAAAUUAUUGUUUGUCUUCAGAUUUUCAGUGGGGUUUGCCCGGGCCUGUAUCUGGCUUUCCAACAUCUGAGAAGCGUACUGUGGUACCAGAUUAGAACUAAGCCUUAUCUGCUAAAGACUUCGGUAUCUCUGAACUUGGUUCAAAAUAUUGUGUUCUCUCCCCCUCCUUCUUCCCUCCAUUCAAUUUAAUAUCCACCUAGCUUAAACAGACCCUAUCACUUUCAGCGCUUUCUUUCAGUCCAAGAGACACAAAUGGUAAAGUCUAUUCUAUGAAGUUUUAAAAUGUGGAAUGUUCCUUGUGUUCUGUGGAGCUGAAGUGUUAAUAAGUGACGACUCAUUCAGUGACAGACUUAUUGGCAGCCCUGUUUGCACUUGUUUUUGGUUAUUAAAAAGUGGUGAGCUGGGCAGUGUCAUCAACCUGCCUGAUCACUAUUGUGGCCACUUUAUGCAAAGGAUUUGUUUAUCCACUUUUUUUGGUACUGUAAACUGCUUUAACUGCAUUUGAGCUCAAGCUGUGCCUGCCACUCAAACCAAAUAACAAACAGACUGGAGAUGACAGUAGCAAGACUUGCUUGGUGCUUGCCCAGUGAUGGUGCCUGUCUCUUUUCAACAUCCAAAGCACAGAUAUCUGGCAAUAAACCAAGGUGAUACUUCAGCUGCUGUCUUUGUUCUUUCGAUUAAUCUAGAUCUCUUUUUGAGAAGUUUAUACAGUUAGGAUUAAAAAAAGGGCUUCUCAGUGGAUAGCCUCAAUAAGUUGGCCUCUUCCCCGUCAAACAACAAAAUGGCCUGUUGCAACAUGUCCUGAACCACAUGAAUGUCAAAUGGUGGGUGUGUUCUUCCUGCCCACGAGUGUGUCAGCUGUGUUACCAACAUCUAGGAGUAUAUAUUGGAGUGGCUUGGGCAGUUCAUUUCUGCCAUUCUUCUAGCUUGCACUGGGACAUUUACAAGCAGGCAUGCAUUAUUAUACAAUUGCUUGAGACCUGAUAGCAGUUUAUCUAAGAACAUCAUUCUUCCAGUCUAAAUACUAGGGCUGCAACUUCAGUCACCACAGCUUGAGUUGAUUAGUCAGUAGUGCCAACUUUAAUUGAUAGGGCUUUGAUUUAAAGAACUGUAUGUUUGAAAAUAUCUUUCUGGUACAUUACUGUGAUAGGGGAUAGAAAAUUUGCUAAUGAUAUUACCUUAUUAAAUUGCACAUAUAUAUCCUUUAAUAUCCUCAAAAAGGUAUCUAUAUGGAGGUUUCGGUAAUACGCAAAUGUAUUCAUGUGCCUUUUAAUAAUUGGACUCCCUUUGAAACUGGUUUUGUACUGUUUUAUUUAUUAUUAUGUAGUUAUUUAUCUUUAUUGAUUGAUAUUUGUGAGUCGUCCUGGGAAAAAUGUAUUUGAAAGAGAGGGCAUACAUUUUGUACUAAAUUAAAUAAAAUUUAAAUCAAUUUA